AUGUCUCAACAACAAAUCCCACACUUCACCCGCAUAUCCGACUCCAUCUCCCUCCGCCAAGCAUCCCCCUCAUCAACAACAACAACAACAACACCAUCCAAGAAUGCGCCUCCCUCUCUGAUAGUCCUCUGCUCCUGGAUGGCCGCAGCUCCCCGCCACAUAGCAAAAUACACUUCCAACUACCAAUCCCUCUUCCCCGACACAUGCAUCUUACUACUACAAUGUUCCCUCCCCGCAGUCUUUUACUCCAGAGCGAAACAGAGACGUCUGCUCGCUCCCGCUAGAGACAUCAUUCGGAAUACCAAGGGAGGGAUCAUCUUGCAUGCGUUUUCCAACGGUGGCGGGACCAUAGCUUGUCAUCUCGCGGAGCAAUUACAUCACGAUGAUGGUGAUGGGGGGAAAUGGAAGGGGUUCGAGAGGGUCGUGCUGGAUUGUACCCCGUCCUUUCCCACCAUCGAGGGAGCUGUACAUGCCAUCUCCUUCUCCCUUUCCAAAAAUCCCAUAUUGCAUGUACUGGGAYGAUGGAUGUUGAGGGCCACCAUCUUCACGUACCUCAUUCUUUACGUUCGAAUUUUACGGCGCGAGGAUGGCGUGCGUUGGAUCAGGAGGACGUUGAAUGAUUCGGAAAUGUUUCGGAGAGAUGCCGAGAGGCUGUAUGUUUAUUCCCGACAGGAUGCGCUGGUACAGGAUUGGGCUGUUGAGAUGCAUGCAAAGGAUGCUGCGGACCGUGGCUAUCGGGUGAGAAGGGAGAGGUUUGAAGUUGGGGCGCAUUGUGCGUUGGGGGUUGGGGAGGGUGCGGAGAGAUAUUGGGGAGUUGUGGGUGGGUUUUUGAAGGGAGAAUGA